GCCCGCCCCGCCGCCCAUUGUCCUCGCUCCAUGUGACCGGGGACGGUUACAAACCGUUCCUCCCGCCCCUGCCGCCGCCGUUGUUCGUGCUGAGUCACGGCGCUGCCCGGUGCCGCGGGGAGCCCGGCGGCCGCCGCCGUAGCGCCAGCCCUUCCCCAUGGGGACGGACGGCGCCCGCGCCCUGCUGGAGCGGGCGGGCACCCUCACCCUGCAGACCGGCAACCUCCUCAACUGGGGCUGCCUGCGCAAGAAGUGCCCGGCCACCCCCGGCGAGGAGGUGCGGGACUGCAUUCAGAAAACGCUGACUGAAUGGAGCUCAAAGAUUGGACAAGACCUAAAUCAGGAAAUACUGGAGGUUCUGGAAUGUACUGUAGCUCAAGCUAUAGAAAAAAUAAAUCCUGAAGAAAGGGAUGAGUUGAAAGUUUCAGCGAAACUUUUCAUCGUUGGAUCAAACUCUUCAUCAAUCAGAGAUGCAGUUGACCUGGCAUGUUCUGCCCUCGGAGUUGCCCAGUUAGACUCAGUCAUUAUUGCUCCGCCUCCCAUUGAAGAUGGAACUAGCCUCUCCUUGGAGUAUUUGCAACCUUAUUGGCAAGAACUUGAAAACCUAGUUCAAAACAAAAAGAUCGUUGCCAUAGGUACCUCUGACCUAGAUAAAACACUGUUAGAGGAGCUGUAUCUGUGGGCACAGGUGAAACCAAGUAGUAAUCAGGUGAACCUAGCUUCCUGUUGUGUGAUGCCACCUGAUCUCACAGCAUUUGCAAAACAGUUUGACAUACAGCUGUUAACUCACAAUGACCCAAAAGAAUUACUUUGUGAAGCAAGUUUCCAAGAAGUUCUUCAGGAAAGCAUCCAGAACACGAAAGCAUAUGAGUGGAUUCCUUUAUGGCUUCUCCGGUACUCGGUCAUUGUUAAAAGCAGAGGAAUUAUCAAGUCCAAAGGCUAUAUCAUGCAAGCUAAAAGAAAUGCCUCUUAAAACACUUUUUUUUUUUUUAAAUGGCUUACUGUUUUAAUUUCUUGGGGAUGGGGGGAACAUUGCUUUUUUUCAUAGAGACACUUUUACAGCAUUUGUAACAAAGACCAAAAGUUGUAAUUAUUCAGUGUGAUGUCAGCAGGAGUCUGUGGUGUUCUAACACUAUUUUUCUUUCUUAACCUAUUGACCAGUUCAUUUAAAAUAUGAAAUAUUUUGGGUUUGUUUGUUUUCAAAUGAAAUUAUCUCUAGAGAAACAGUUUAAAAUAUUUUGCUUUGUAUGACCAGUUCACUGUAAAAUUAUCAUUAUAUUUUAGCUGCCAUUAGGUAGUAUAGAGAAACUUAUAUAUUUUUAUUUUUUAAAAAAAUUAAUUUCUCUUAAAUAAUAGUUACUUAUCUGGUAGGUACAUGGAUUUCAAGCAUUCGGGGACUAGUUUUUCUAGAAAACUGUAAUCUUUUAUGAAAAA